AAGGGCAGUGGAAUAUUAUGAUGAGAAAAAUCCAACGACGGGCAAACGAAGUCAUUCGUGGCAUGCCUUUCGAAAUAAGUUCAAACGUGUGACACAUAAACGUUACAUUACUCGUUUUCGACAAUAUCUUGAAUCAGGUGGAACGAAGAAGCAGAAGCUGGAAGAAAUAGACAAUGCAACGUACGAAUUCUUUAAACAUGCAAGAGAAAAUUUGAUGUUCGUACACGAUAUUGAUCUUAAAAGGCAAGCAUUGAUGACUGUUCAAGACAUGUUACGAAGCUGGUGACAAAACGAGAAACGGAAGAUGCCAACAACAUCAAUAGAUCUGCUGACGAGUUCGUUGCCAAAGUACAAAAGAUCAUACCACAAUAUAAACCUGAUUUAAUACUCAAUACAGAUCAGUCUGGUUUACAACUUGAAAUGCAUUCCAAUCGUACACUUUCCUUCGAAGGCGAGAAACUUACACUUGCUAAAGUUCGUUCAGUCUCGAAUACGACACAUUCAUAUACUGUUCAACCUCUCAUAUCGAUGCAAGGCAAUUGUGUGGGUCCCUUAUUUCUUUGCUUGAAAGAACCAACAGGCCAUAUGAGUGAGAAUAUCAAAAAUAAUCUAUUUCAAGCUGACAAUGUGGUGGUUACAUGUUCAAAAUCUGGUAAACUAACAACCAGUCUUGUUGAAUAUUGGGUUGACAAGGUCCUUCAACCAACAGUCAAAGACGGAAAAUGUCUUCUAUUGUCUGACUAUUGGGGUGGCCAACGAGAUGCCAAUCUCUAUCGGAAAGUGAAGAACUUGGAGCGUCUUGAAAUUCCAAAGAAGACCACCUCCAUGAUUCAACCUCUUGAUGGUAAAUCGUCUCUUGAAUCUUUCCUACUUUCAAAUCCUUAA